AAGUGUACCCGGGACAACUGGCAGAUAUGAGAGUGAUUCUGGUGUGUGCCCUCCUCUGCCCUCUGUCUUUGUCACAUGCCUGUCCAAAAGAGUGCAGCUGCAACAGCAACACCAAAGUAGUAGACUGUCGAGGUCGAGGUCUAUACGACAUUCCUCGACGACUCAGUUCAGACACCCAAGAACUGUAUCUACAAGACAAUCGUAUCAGGGGGUUGGGAUCAAUGGCUUUUAGGGAAAUACCCCUGGUUCGCAUCCUUGAUUUAUCUAAUAACUCUAUAACGUCUCUUUCACCAACGGCUCUCCUUGGUCUGAGGACUCUACAGCGACUCAGUCUGGCCUACAACAACCUGAGAGAACUUGACAAGCGACUGCUUGGACCAAUACACUCAAUUUCUCACCUUGACCUCUCACACAACAGUUUGUGGGGUUUGCCUGGAGCCAUGGGGGACAGUUUGCAGAACCUCAGCUAUCUGGGGCUUGCAAACAACAGGCUAACAAGACUGGAUCGCUCGCUGCUGGAGGCCUUGACCCACCUAGACAGCCUCACACUCCGAGGAAACCCCUGGAGAUGCGACUGCCAACUCAUAAGCCUCAAACUCUGGCUGGAGACCUACCUCUUUAAAGGUGGAGUGGUGGAUGAAGUGCUUUGCACUCAACCAGAAGAAAUGAAGGAUAAAGACUUGCAAAAAAUUCCCUAUCAGCUCUUCCAUGUCUGUAUGACUACAAGCUAUCAUUACCUGUUUGCCAACAUACAUCACCUGGAGUCUGAGAGGCUACUGCGAGGCCACACCCAUGGCAACCAUGCUCAUCCUUCCAGCCACUCUUUCCACGUCCCCUUGGCGAUUGGGGAGGGUUUAGGUGGGGGAGGAGGAGGCAGUAUGACAGAGUGUGAAACUAAGCAGAAGCAACGGCCUGUCAACUUGCGCCAUGCUAUUGCCACUGUGAUCAUCACCGGUGUGGUGUGUGGGAUUGUGUGUCUGAUGAUGCUGGCUGCUGCAGUGUACGGAUGCGCCUAUGCUGCUAUCAUGGCCAAAUAUCAGCGGGAGUUGAAAAAAAACGAGGAGCUGGCUGCGGCACAGCGGGCAGAUCAUGCCACAGCUGACGAGAAGGAACCACUGGAGAAUGCUAUUGCCUAAGAGAUGAGAACAUUUUCUCUGGUUUCAGAACCUGAGCCUUCACCCCUUUAACGUAACAGUCUCUGCUGCCACAUGUGGGCUUGUACCUGUAUGUUUGUGGGGAGGAAAAGUAAAGAUUAUUUAUUUUUGCAUAAGGUUAUCUCAUGUGUGUGACCUGGGUAGCUAAAUUUUUACAGAUAUUUGACUAUGCACUGAUAAAAAGCGUUUAUUUCACUGUAGGCAUGUUU